GAGCUUGUCACGUGCUCGGAUAUGGGAAGUGGUGGGAGAACGGCCGCUUCUCGUUCAACGCCUUAUUGAGGAGCGAAUUUUAGCCGUCCGCGUCUUAGAGAACCUGCCUCGGCAUAGCCGGGCUCGGUCCGGCCUUGCGCUGAGAAAAGAUGACAGCGAUCAAACAUGCUUUACAAAGAGACAUUUUUACACCAAAUGAUGAACGUCUGCUAAGCAUUGUGAAUGUCUGCAAAGCAGGCAAAAAGAAAAAGAACUGCUUUUUGUGUGCCACAGUGACAACUGAGCGCCCUGUGCAGGUGAAGGUGGUCAAAGUCAAGAAGUCUGACAAGGGCGAUUGCUACAAAAGGCAGGUCGCAUGGGCCCUUCGAGACCUUGCUGUGGUAGACGCCAAAGAUGCCAUCAAAGAAAAUCCUGAAUUUGAUUUACAUUUUGAAAAAAUAUAUAAAUGGGUUGCCAGCAGCACUGCUGAAAAAAAUGCAUUUAUUUCAUGUAUUUGGAAAUUGAAUCAGCGUUAUCUUCGGAAGAAAAUUGAUUUCGUCAAUGUUAGCUCACAGCUUUUGGAAGAAUCUGUUCCAAGUGGAGAAAAUCAGAGUGUGACAGGAGGUGAUGAAGAAUCAGUAGACGAAUACCAAGAGUUAAAUGCAAGAGAAGAGCAGGAUAUUGAAAUAAUGAUGGAAGGCUGUGAAUAUGCAAUCUCUAAUGCUGAGGCCUUUGCAGAGAAAUUGUCCAGAGAGCUGCAGGUGCUAGAUGGGGCCAACAUCCAGUCAAUCAUGGCCUCUGAAAAACAAGUGAACAUCCUGAUGAAAUUGCUGGAUGAGGCGCUAAAGGAAGUGGAUCAGAUUGAAUUGAAGUUGACCAGUUACGAGGAAAUGCUCCAAAGUGUGAAAGAACAAAUGGAUCAGAUCUCUGAAAGCAACCAUCUAAUUCAUCUUAGUAACACUAAUACUGUAAAACUCCUAUCUGAGCUAGAGUUCCUUGUGAACCACAUGGUCUUAGCCAAAGGUCACCUGAAUGCCCUUAUGGAUGCAGAACUUGCUUCUUCCAGAGGCAUCGAGGCCUGCACCAGUGCUGCUGAUGCCCUUCUGCAGUGCAUGAAUGUAGCUCUUCAACCAGGCCAUGACAUGCUUUCAGCAGUCAAAAGCCAACAACUGUUUUUUGUUAGUUUGCGAGAGAAUUUUGCCCGGAAACUGGCCAGUCACCUCAACAAUGUUUUUGUUCAACAGGGUCAUGAUCAGAGUUCAACUCUUGCUCAACAUUCUGUUGAACUUUCUCUACCCAAUCAUCAUCCAUUUCAUAGAGAUUUGCUCCGCUAUGCCAAGCUGAUGGAGUGGCUAAAAAGUACAGACUAUGGGAAAUACGAAGGACUAACAAAGAAUUAUAUGGAUUAUUUAUCCCGAUUAUAUGAAAGAGAAAUCAAAGAUUUCUUUGAAGUUGUGAAGAUCAAGAUGACUGGCACCACUAAAGAAAGCAAGAAGUUUGCUACACUGCCUCGAAAAGAAAGUGCUGUCAAACAGGAAACAGAGAGUCUUCAUGGAAGUUCAGGGAAACUAACUGGAUCUACUUCAAGUCUGAAUAAACUCAGCGUUCAGAGCUCAGGAAGCCGAAGAUCCCAGUCUUCUUCCUUGUUGGAUAUGGGAAACAUGUCCGCCUCUGAUCUCGAUGUUGCUGACAGAACCAAGUUUGAUAAGAUCUUCGAACAGGUGCUAAGUGAACUGGAACCCUUAUGUCUGGCAGAACAGGACUUCAUAAGUAAAUUUUUCAAACUACAGCAGCAUCAAAGUAUGCCUGGAACUAUGACUGAAGCAGAGGACCUGGAUGGAGGAACAUUAACACGGCAAUAUAAUUCUGGCAUGCCACUGCCUGUGUCAUCUGAGAAAGAUAUGAUCCGCCAAAUGAUGAUUAAAAUAUUUCGCUGCAUUGAGCCAGAACUGAACAAUCUAAUUGCAUUAGGAGAUAAAAUUGAUAGCUUUAACUCCCUUUACAUGCUAGUCAAAAUGAGUCAUCAUGUGUGGACUGCACAAAAUGUGGACCCUGCUUCUUUUCUAAGUACUACAUUGGGAAAUGUCUUGGUGACUGUCAAAAGGAACUUUGAUAAAUGCAUUAGUAACCAAAUAAGGCAAAUGGAAGAAGUAAAGAUUUCAAAGAAGAGUAAAGUAGGGAUUCUUUCUUUUGUUACUGAAUUUGAAGAAUUUGCUGGACUUGCAGAAUCAAUCUUUAAAAAUGCUGAGCGCCGUGGAGACCUAGAUAAAGCAUACACCAAACUUAUCAGAGGAGUCUUUGUUAAUGUGGAGAAAGUAGCAAAUGAAAGCCAAAAGACCCCCAGGGAUGUGGUUAUGAUGGAAAACUUUCAUCAUAUUUUUGCAACUCUGUCUCGUUUGAAAAUCUCAUGUCUAGAAGCUGAAAAAAAAGAAGCCAAACAGAAAUACACAGAUCACCUUCAGUCUUACGUCAUUUAUUCUUUAGGACAACCUCUUGAAAAACUAAAUCAUUUCUUUGAAGGCGUUGAAGCUCGCGUAGCACAGGGUAUAAGAGAGGAGGAAGUAAGCUACCAACUUGCAUUUAACAAACAAGAACUUCGUAAAGUAAUUAAAGAGUAUCCUGGAAAAGAAGUUAAAAAAGGUCUAGAUAACCUCUACAAGAAGGUCGACAAACAUUUAUGUGAAGAGGAGAACUUACUUCAGGUGGUGUGGCAUUCCAUGCAAGAUGAAUUUAUACGCCAGUAUAAGCACUUUGAAGGUUUGAUAGCUCGGUGUUACCCUGGAUCUGGUGUUACAAUGGAAUUCACUAUUCAGGACAUUCUGGACUAUUGUUCCAGCAUUGCACAGUCCCACUAAACCUCAUGAAAGAGGAAAAGAUAACAGAUAAAGCACACCAGACACUAUACCAAAAUAUCAUGCAACUGCUUUGAGAACUCAUACUUAAAAUUUUAUCUAUUAUUAAAUGUCAGUUAAAUGGGUAGUACCAUACUGCAAAUAUUCCAGUGCAAAAGUACAACUUAUGUAGUAGUUUUAUUUGCCCAGUAGGUUCUAUAUUAACUUAAAGCAUUUAUCUCAUCAUAAAAUGCCAUUAGCAUUUUUCAGUGAGUGAACAGGAAGUUUUCCUUUAUUACCCAGUUUCUUGUGUUUCAGAAUGAUUAUUCUGGGAGCGAUGCAUUGGGAGUUCUUCAAUGUUUACUAUUUCUCUGUUGCUUACAAAUAAUGUAACUACUAAAAUACUGUACAGAAUUGUUUCUUUCCACUGUCUAACAAAUGUGUACAUAGAUAAGAGGGCUAAUGUCAUGAUCAGUUGUAAACUUAACUCUGUGUAGUAAUAAAUGUGAAAUAAAAUUUUCAAAAAA